CCGAGCCAACAUACCACCACCAUCACCACAUCAACAUAUUAUUCCAUCUGCCUUGCUUCUCCUUCCGACAACCUCCCUCGAUAAUUGCGAAGCCGUGACCACCAGAUGCCACCACGUCGUCGCUCCAAACCACAGAUCUCGCUCUGGAGGCGAUUUCGGAUCUGGCUCCGUUAUGCGAGGUCCCCGCUUGAAUUACGCGCUAGUUUUCAGCGGCUGAGGCAGAACCACAAACAUCCCUUGAUAGCACUCCUACGCUUGUUCAUUCCGUAUCCAUCUUGGUACUUCAAGAUUCCCGGUCCGUAUUCCUGUCGAGCACUCAUCGAGGAUGAAAACCGUGGAACUGGGAUUAUCAAGUCCAUCUUUGGGGAUCUCCACAACCUUAUAGCAAUCCCCAUCUGGCGCAUGCGCGACACCCCACUACGGUCAAUCUACCGCCUCUACGCCCUGUUCCUGGCUGGUCAAUACGACUUGAUGGGAUAUGAGACGGAGUACUUCUUCAAGCGCCCCGACUGGAAGCUCCGCGACAUCCCAGAUCCCCAAGAUCCCGACCCGCUCCGUUAUGCUGUGGUUGCUUGUAUUGUCGAAGAGUUACACCGGGCAGUGAAUUGGCGGCUUAGUCUGGGCCUGCGAAGGAAUGGUGAACGCAUCUACCGCGAUCGGGACGACGAUCCGUGGCCACCCUACCAUCCCGAGGAACUACCCGGAUGGACAAAAUCUGUAUUGCCCGUUGACAAGGAGCUACUAAGGCAGUGUGUACCUGCCGAGAAGUUGGACGGACAUGGAAACCUGGUAUUGCAGGAGAAUGGAACCAGCCCCAUCUUUGCACAACGUAAUAUCGUGACAAACACAGGAUGGCUCUAUACCAUCUGAGAAUGAACCGGUGAGAAGAACGGUUGCGAUGCCAACUCCG